UGGCUAAUUUUGGUUGUGCUUGGUUAACAUUCCGUCAUCAUCACUAGAAAACAACCAAUGAAAGCUCCGUUUACAAUAUGGGCAGUCAAGAUGGAGGUUAAUCGAGAUGAGAGUGAAAGAUGCAUUUUAUUGGCAAAAAGGUUCAUAAGCGAGGGCAAUACAUCAAAAGCAGAGCGGUUUCUACAGAAAGCAGAAAAGCUUUUUCCAUCACAACAAGCGAAAGAUUUGCUGAACAGCCUACACACGAUGAAUGGUUCGGCUGGCAGUCAUACAGCCGAUAAUGACAUCCGUAAUCGUAGAAAUAGAUCAGGUUCACGCAACAGAUCAAAGGCUGCCAAUCAUGGCUCACAUUCGGACCACGAGGGAGAAUCCUAUACACAGGAACAACUACAUACUGUUAAAAGAAUAAGGAAAUGUAAAGAUUAUUAUGAAAUUCUUGGCUUAUCAAAAGACUGUAGCGAUGCAGACUUAAAGAAGGCAUAUAGAAAGUUGGCUCUGCAAAACCAUCCAGAUAAGAACAAAGCACCUGGAGCAACAGAAGCAUUUAAAGCAAUAGGAAAUGCAUUUGCUGUGAUCAGUGAUCCAGAGAAGCGCAGGCGCUAUGAUUUGUAUGGUGCAGAGGAUAAUGUAGCCACGACUAGCAGGCGAACCCACAGUAGGCAUCCAGAAUAUGAAUUUGACUUCAGCAGGGGGUUUGAAGGGGACAUAUCUGCAGAGGAAUUGUUCAACAUGUUCUUUGGUGGGGGAUUUCCUACAGGCAAUGUACAUACAUAUUCCAGGAGAAACACGCACACGAGGCAUCAUACACAUCACAAUCAUAACCAUCAGCAACAGCAGUCUGCAGAGACAGUGUCGGUAAUGAUACAGUUGAUGCCAAUAUUGCUGCUCGUGUGCCUGACACUCGUCAGUAGCUACUUUGCUGCUGAUCCCAUCUAUAGCCUGCGUCGCGAUGGAAAAUUUAUCCAGGAGAGGAAAACGCAAAACCUUGGCGUGUUUUACUACGUAAAAGACUCUUUUACUAAAGACUAUAACACUCUAUCGCUGUUGAAGAAAGUGGAGCAGAACGUUGAGAGUGAUUAUGUAGAUAGUCUGCGAACUAACUGUUACAAGGAAAGAAACUACAGAGAAACUUUGUUAUGGCGAGCAAGAAGCUUUGGGGAUGCCAAGAUGUAUGAGAAGGCGAAGAAGUACGCAACAGCCUCCUGUGACAAACUGACCUACCUGUAUGGAGCGUAGCCGACGCGUAACCUGCAGUAGUGUGCAGUUUUCUCACCUCGCCCCUGAUGUGAGAGUUUUGCACUUAUGUUUUUGGUGGGUUAUCUGCUAUUUGUUCAUGGGAUUAGGCGAUCACGUACUGGGAUUCUCAGUGUGAUUGAAUGUGUCCCUGAUGCAUAACGAGGAUAGACACGCAGGCUGAGUUGCACGGAGUGGUAGGAUAAGGGUGAGUGAAAAGAACGGCGAUCAUUACCAUUGUUGUCCAGUGUCAUUGGUUGAAAUACGUUAUUUACUGACAUGGGGCGUGUUGGUUUUGUAGCCUUUGCUUAAAAACGGAAUCUGCCACAGCAGCUGAUCUUGAUUGUGACAGUUGAUUCUGAGUGUCAGUGAUGAUUGUUAAUUGUGCCUAUUAGCAGUGAAGUCUGAUGGUCAUAUGAUGACAGUGACACUUGACAGUGUGAGUUGACAGUGACAGUUGAUGUUGAGCACUGAUGGUGACAUUAUUGUAAUCAUCCCUCCUGCGUGUCUGCUGCGUGAAUUUCCAUGUAGUAGCACAAAAGUUCCUCUUGCCCGACACUAUGACCUCACUACUCUAGAAGUAUAGCGACAUGUAGUGCAAAGUGUUACUACUACACCCUAUUUCAAAUGACAAAUGUAGAGCUUUUUUGAAAUUGAUAUCAAAAAAAUUAUAAGGACAUGAUCGAUUAUUUGUCCAUCCCUUACAAAAUGCAUUGUGAUUGCAUAAUGAUAAUGCAGUUGUUGACUGCCUGUCUUUUCUGCUAUCCUGUCAUCCCAGAUGAAAAACAAAAUUCAUUAUUACAUCUAUGUAAAUUUGAUUCUCGUGUGUAUUAUUAGUAACUAUCAUACUCUGAUUGAUUUAUCAUAAAGUCUAAACAGAUGAAUGUGUUUGAUCUGUGUUGUUGUUUUUAAUGAUUGAUUAUUCACACCUGUUGAAAAAUUCGUUUUGAGAAUGUGAGAAUAUUUAUAAGUCUAUGUACAGAAUGGUACGUUUAGAAAAGACAGAUUUAUUUAAUAUGUUGUGUCAUGCUUGCUAAGUGUCAUUGUACAUUGUUAAAAAACCAAAAACUUGAAAUCUUCUAAUAUUUCACAUUAAAUUUCCCACCUGCAUAGUACAAUAGAAUCAUACUUUGUAUUGUCUUUAAUAUUUUGCAGAUAUAAAAUGCACGGGAGAAGAAUAAAGUGGUUGCUUGGUAUGUGAGUUAUGUUUCUGCAACUCUUACUCAUGGAUGUGAAAACGUUUUGCCUAUCAAUCAUAAAUGCUUAUCUUUACGCUAAAUGAUUAAGUCUAAGAAGUAAUUUAAUAUUCUGUCAAGUAUUGGAAUUUAAAUUUUGUUUAGUAUAGGUAUUUACUCGAUAAUUCUGGUUAUCCCUAUUAUAAACACUACACACUAUAGUAAGACAUGCCAAUGCAUUUUUUAAAGUGUAAAAUUAGUAAAAUGGUUAAAUGUGAUAUUCAGGUUGUUGCUUCUAUUCAAUUUCCUCAUGUUAUCUUCAUGAUUUUUUACAAUUAACAAAUUUCAUCAUAAUUAGCAUUCCUACCAUCACAAUGAGACAAUCCAUAUUUGCCUACAAUGUUCCUAAGCUGGUAUCCGUGUUACCCGUGUAUCCCUUAUCAAGUUCUGUACUGCUGCACUGUUGCAGGGACUCGUUUUACUUGUCUAUCGUUCCUCUUUUUCGUUUGGUUUUUCUUGGUUGCUAGGUGGCACUAGCUUAUGAAAUUCAUAGAUCCCUAUUUAUACAUAUUUACUCUGUGGUAAUACUGUAAGCUCACUGCCACCUACUAAAAAGGUGGAAACUGAAACUACGAGAUAUUUACAUAUUACUAUAGUAUAUAUUAUGCAUUCAGGGGUCAUUGGCAGUAUGUAUAUUAUAUAUAUAUAGUAGAAAAGUUAUUGGGUUUCAAGAUAUUCAGUUGUUAAUAUUUGAAAAAAGAAUAAUCCAACAUUCCAUUAUACACAGAUUCAGAUCUGAAGAUUCUAUCAAGAUGAAAGUGCUAGUGUAUAACGGAAUGUCAGAUUAUUCCUUUUUCAAAUAUAUAAUAAGUGGAAAUAUGUAAUGUUUUGGAGUAAGGCACGGCAUCCUAGUCACUAAUCCAAAAGCGAGAAUAGAAAAAUGCUGAAAAUUCUUCAAGCACCAGCACUAUAUGUAUGCCAGGCUAGACACAGGUUUUUUAAACAUGCGUUAUGGUUGUUUAUAUGCUGAUUGGUGUUGCUACUUGAGGAAGGGAUUGUAUCUAAUCCUUUUUGGAUAAGAAGGAAAAAUAAAUAUACAAUAAGUAUUACAGUUUUAGAAUUUUCAUGGAGAGCAUUUAUGUAUCUUGGGCAAUUUUUGUAACAAACCAUAACAAUGGACAAAGAAAGUGCUAUCGUUUUGUAGGGGUGUAAAAUGUGUCAUUCAUUCAUUGUAUUAUCAAAUUUUGUAGAUGUUGGUGGCUCAACAAUGCAGUUCAGGAAUAGUGGAAUUUUGUAAGGCUUAUGCAUGUUAUUAGUAAAAUUGACAUGAAUUCCUGCAACUGGCUUUUAAAAUACUUGAAUACUAUGAAGAGCAGUGAAACUGUAGGGAUAUUUUACAACCGUAUCUGGCUGUAUUGAAUAAAGACUAUUAAGAUAUAUA